AUGCUAGAAUACGUUUACUUUGAUUUCAAUUUGUUUGGCCUAGACGAACGCGUGAGUACACUGUCCGAUUUUCUGUUAAAAAUCGACGAGUAUGACAGUGCUGGUUAUCAAGAAAUGGUUUCUCAUGCAGCCGCAGAGAUAAUAAGUGGCCUAGCGUAUCUGCACCAAACAGGAAUCGCCCACAGAGACCUCAAAACGGCGAACAUUUUAGUGAGCAACCAACACUACUGCUCUAUGUCAGUAAAGUCGCGUGAUUUACAUGAAAGUUAUCAUGAAAGGCCGAUUGCCUGUAAGCUGACUGAUUUUGGUGAAAGUCGGUCACCAUUCGUUCAGACGCAGCAACUCUAUAGCUCCAAGACCACCACUGUUGAUCGAGGGAAAGUGGUCUACAUGUCACCAGAGCUUCUGGUUGAAGAAAAGCGCUUAACAAAGGCUUCUAUCGCAGAUCUAAUGAUGGCAGACGUUUGGGCCCUGGGUAUGGUUAUCUUUACGCUACUUAACCCAAGCCUUAAAAGUCCUUACAUCUUAGAAAUGAGAUCAGAAGGUGUAAGGAAUCAAGAGCAGCUGAAGAAGUUCAUUACGUCAAUUGGUGUCUGA